AAACCAAUGGUACCUUAAUUUUAGUGCCACCGUUUAUAAAUUGCAUAGUAAUCAGUAAUCACAGCCUUUCUCUUUUUCAUUUUUUUGGUAAGUAGAUGAGAUAUUAUUUCAAAAUUAAGGAUUUACAUUAAGGGUGUAGCAAAGAGAACCCAUAGCCAUUAGCCAUACAAAAGUGAGCGACGGACAAUUCUCAAAGAUAGGUUCAGAUAAGGAGCACCCUAUAUAUUUUAGCGAGUUGGUCCGCGGACAUUCACGGCCUCUCAAAACCUCAGUUUUAGACAUGGAGAAUAUGCAGAACCCCGAAGAAAAAUGGGAGGGCAAGGUCUGCGCCAGGCUAACAAGAGCCACCGCAGACCAAAUAUGGCCUCUUUUCAAGGACUUCUUUAACCUUCACAAGUGGUUUCCCGGUCUAGCCAUCUGCCACGGCAUCCACGGCGCAAACGGGGAGCCCGGGUGCAUCAGGUACUGUGCCGGCUUCUCAAUCUCAUCCGCCACUGCGGCCGCCGCCGCCGAGACCCGCUGGUCCAAGGAGAAACUGAUAUCCGUUGAUGAAAGUGGACGCAGCUUGAGCUAUGAGAUGGUGGACAGCAAUAUUGGGUUCAAGUCAUAUGUUUCAAUGAUCAAGGUUAAUCCGGGAGACGGUGAUCAAGAUGGGUGUGUGAUUGAGUGGAGGAUCACGGUUGACCCGGUGGAAGGGUGGACACUAGAUGAUUUUGUGAGAAAGUAUGAGGUUGGCCUACAGACCAUGGCUAAGACAAUGGAGGAUGCACUUCUUCCCUGAUUUUGUCUUAUAUUAUGCCUUUUUUUUGUGUUAAUUUUCGUUUGCUUUCAUCAUGUGUCGGUCCAUUAUCUUCCCUAAAGUUCAUAAUAAUGUUACAAAAAUAAAACUUUAUUUUAUAUGUUUCUUUAGGGAAUUUGGGGACGAAAGGGGAAUUUUUUAUUUCA